AUGGCGCGGCGAAUGUUGCCUGAUGACAGUGAUGAAGAUGAGGAUGUGGUUGGCAGUGGCGAGGAAGAGGAGGGAGCAAGAGAAGUUGAGGAGGAGGACGAGGAAGGAGAAGGGUGCGAGCACGGGCUGCGCGUGUGUGGGACAGGCGCGGAAACGCGAUUGGAUGAGGUGUUGGCAGUGGAGUGGAGCAUGGAGGAGAUGGAAGCGGCAGUCACGGCGCGGAUAGAGGCCAUCGCAGAUGCACCGGACUCGCCUAUGGCCCUGCCAGAUACAAGCAGGCACCAGGCACCCAUCUUCUACGCUGCAGACCGAUGGACAGCGCGCAUGCGGCAGUUGGACGACAUGUCGCGCACGCUCUUGCUUAUGGCGUGCUUGACAGCACCGCCAGCACCACAGGGCAAAGCCAGCGACAGAGAGCAGCGCGACCGCCAGCACAAGCUGCUGUCUGCGGUGUGCCGACACGAGGCGCGCCUCUUCGUGCACCGCACUGCGCUUGCCAGCCCUGCGCUCGCCCAACGCGCCCUACAACAGCAGCUGGACCUGGCCAGCUUCUCCGUGGUGCCGUCAGCAACAGCGGCAGCGGCAGCGGCAGCAGCGGCGGCGGCGGCUGAGGCUGCGGCAACAGUGCGUCCACUUCCGCGUCGCUCAGGGACAUCGGCAACAACAGCCAAGACGACUGCAUGCAGCGCAGCCGUUGCCGCCGCUCUCAAGCACCGACACUGCAUGUGCACGGCGCCUGCGGUAGCACGAAACCACACGUGCCCGGCACGACUGGGUGUUCCGUUCGAAGUUGCGACCCAUCUUCUUCGCCGCCGCGAUCCGGCCAUCAUGCUCCAUCGGGGGCAGUGCUUUGUCCCAGCAGAGCACGUCGCCUCUGUUGUUCACCGUCUCGCCAGCAGCGCUCUCACCGCCUCCGCUCAGCCUCUCUCAUACCUCGUCAAGACCAUCGAAUACGAUGCACAUGAGCGGGCGCGCAUGCUGCCGCUCCUCCGUCGCGUCGCCGUCGCCAUCGAAGAAAACCUCGUCCCGCGUCCCGCAGAGCCGCUCAAGGACGCACCAGCGUGCAAGCUGAACCGGGUUGAGUUUGAGGCCAAUGUGCACAUGACGCCACCAUGCAUGCACCACCUGCUGACCAAACUUCGAACGACGCACCACCUCAAGCACCAGGACCGCUUACCGCUCAUCCUCUUCCUCAAAGGCGCUGGUCUGGCUGUGAAGGAGACGCAGGCGCUGCUGCUGCGGGAGUUUCGAAAGGCGAUGAGCGCAGAGGUGCUGCGACGCAAGAAGUACGAGUACAGCAUCAGGCACCUGUAUGGGCUGGAGGGAAGCAGGAUCGAUAGGCAGCCCUUCGAGUGCACCAAGAUGAUGCAAGACUACCACUGCCCGUUCAAGCAUCACGAUGCGCGCGCACUGCACCACCUCCUACAGACCAUUGCUCCCGGCCUCCCAUCCCCCGCGUGGUGGGACAUCAAAGCUGCAGCAAAACGCGGCCAGUACCAGGCAGCGUGCGGUCGCUUCUGCCGUGAACACAUGCGCUGUCUUCGCGCAAGACGUGUUGCUGCCACUGAUGCGAAGCGAGCAAAGCGCAGCAUCACAUAUGACGACGAUGGUGGUGACGAUGCUGAUACGGAUGCUCAGGAUGUUGUUGACAACAGCAGCGCGAAUGGAGUUGAAUCCCAGUUGGAUUGCUCACAAGGUGAUGGUCUGAUUGUUAUCCGUUGCCUGGCAGAGGCCAACGCUGCUGGUGACACGUCAUGA